ACAGAUAAGUCUGGUUUAUGAUGCAUGAUCAAAGAUGGAGGGGUUAGCAGGAAGGUGGCAUGUGCUGGGUGUGGUAUAAAUUGUGUUAGCUACUUCAUUGAGAGACAAUGGCAAACAAGAUGUUUUGUGUCGUGUCCCCCACAUGCUCCUGCAUCACUAUUGUCUCCACUUGGAGGGGAGUAAGGGGGAGGAAGACCCACUGGGACGAGGCGGCGGUGCUGGUGGUGAUGGUGUGGUUGGUCGGUUGCAUUUGCGCGUGUGUGUGUGCGCGUGCGUGUGUGUGUGUGUGUGUGUGUGUGUGCGCACGUGCGUCUCGGAGGAAGCACAGACGGGUGGUGGUAAUUUGAUGUGUGUCCCUAGGGAUGUUUGAUGGAUUAAUACUAAGCAGCUCCCUUCUUGGAAUCACCACCUGAUCUUCGGGUCUCGUGCCCCAUAUAUAAAAGGCUGCAGUAAUGCUGAUCUCAGCUUGUUGAGCAUCCAUCGCCCCCCACCCUCUCCACCCCCUACUUCUCUCUCUCUCUCUCUCUCUCUUGCUCUCUCUUUCUCUCGCUCUGCCCCUCGCUCUCUCUGUCUCUCUCUUUAUGUGUCUCAGUUUCCUCCACACCACUUUCCAUCUUCAUCACCAUCCUGUCUAUGCUUUCUCUCUGCUGUUUUUUUAAACACAUUUCCUCUCCUCUCCCCUUCCCAUCAACCUUAUCGUUUAAGAUAUUUAAGGCUUUUUUGUACUUGAAAGAGUGUAGUGCAUUUUUGCUGUUAUCUUCUCCCCCCACCAAAAUCCCCCCAAACUCAACAGUCUUUUCCUGUCUUUAGGGGCUGUUUUUGUUUCUUUCUUCGCUUCUUUCUUUCUUUAAAUAAGAAAAUGCCCCGCUCAUUUUUGGUGAAGCAGCCCAAGGGUCAUGAUUCCUUACCUUCUAACUACUACCACCAGAGUCAGCAGCACUGGGAUGAUUCCUACUCUGUGACACAUGCCAUCACAGAGUCAGAUACCAACUUGGCUGUCCAUUUGGGUGAAAACGGCUAUAUCCAUGAUUACAUAAUUCCCUCGGUGCUGCAAAACACAAAGCUGUCCAAGUCCAAGGUGGCCUCCGCGGCAUUGUACUCUCAAGGAUGUGUUGGUGGCAGCAGCGGGGACGAAUUCUCUGACAAUGACAUGGAAAAUCCAGAUAGCCCAGUCUCCAGCACCUCAGUCGAGUCUGAUACGGCAGUGAGCGCCAUCAACUCCUUCCUCAUCUCUGAAGGACGCUCCAGCCGGAGACCAGACCGGGCAUGUCAAUCAGACAGCAGCAAGGCUAAAAGGUUAGCCGGUCACAGACCAAAAUCCAAAACCCAAGGUCGGCACGUAUGCAGUGAGUGUGGCAAGUCUUACGCAACGUCAUCUAAUCUGAGCAGACACAAGCAGACUCAUCGGAGCCUGGACAGCCAGCAAGCCAGGAAUUGUCCUACCUGCCACAAGCUGUACGUAUCAAUGCCCGCGUUAUCCAUGCACAUGCUGACCCACGACUUGAAGCACGGUUGCACGGUGUGUGGUAAAGCUUUCAGCCGGCCUUGGCUCCUGCAGGGCCACAUGCGGUCCCACACCGGCGAAAAACCGUUUUCCUGCGCCCACUGUGGGAAAGCCUUCGCUGACCGCUCCAACCUGCGCGCCCACAUGCAGACGCAUUCGGCAUUCAAGCACUAUUCGUGCAAACGCUGCCACAAAAGCUUUGCGCUCAAGUCUUACUUAAACAAACACUACGAGUCAGCAUGCUUCAAAGGGCACCAAUCAGAGGACGGGUGCGGCUCAGAGGACUGACUGACUUCAUUCUUUCGAUGAAAUAAUCUCUGCAUCUCAGCCUUAUCGCAUGCAUGCACCCUUAAUCCUUACCUUUUGAUCCAUGCAAUAACAUUUGAAUAACCACUCAAACUAUUCAAUAAUUCUAUGCGAAGAUAAACUCAUAAUUUUCUCUUUUCAUGGAUUAUACUUAAUUGGUACCCUUAUUUAUUUUAAUUUCAUUUCAUGAGACAGUAAGUUCACAGCAAACUUUUUUUUUUUUAUUGAAGAAUGAGUUUGUUCUGUGUGGGCGGCACAGCUGCCCAAUGGUUAGCGGGUCCGCUUCAAACAUCUGAGGUGUGGGGUUAGUCCAUCUUUCUUCCACAUUCCAAAACACACUUCUUAAAUCAACGGAAGACUCUAAAAUGGCCCUGAGGUACGAAUGGUUGUUUGUGUAUACUCACUGUAUGUUCCCUUGCCCUAUGAUUGCUGCUGAACAGUCCGAGGUCUGCACCGCCUCUUGCCCAAAGUCAGCUGGAAUAGGCUCCAGCUCACCAGCAGCAACAACCCUACUGAGUGAGGAUACAGAAAACGGACAGAUUCAUUGCUUCAACUAUUUAUAUAUUUGUAUUUAUUUCUGGAAAGGUUUUCCAAGCCAUGAACUGUUUUGUUAAGAACAAAACACAAAAUAUACGCUGCCAUAUUAUAUUUAUUCAUCUGAUUAGAUCAGUGAAGACAAUAAAGUUGAUCAAAUGUAAUACUUUUUGUUUGUCCAAUGAUGCAAAAAAUAAACAAAGCAACACACCCACCUUG